AUGGAACCUGUAAUUUACUUACGUGGUCAAUCUGCUGUAGGUGAAGAUGCUCGUGGUAGAAGACGUCAAAUCGAUUUCGAUGCUCCACCUUCACAACUUCGUGGACUUGUAACUUUGUAUUUGCCACGUCCAAGUCGUAUAAAAGAGAUCACCAUCACAUUACAGGGCAAAUCAAGAACAGAUUGGCCAGAAGGUAUUGGACCAAAUCGAUUAGAUACGGUAGAGGAAUCAAUCAUCUUUUCACAAAAGGUAAUCCUGUUCACUUCGCGUGAUGCACAAUCUCCUCAUCGUACAAGAAGACGUGCUUCUAGUGUUGGACCAGGCAUUAAUUGGACAAAAGAUGAAAUCGAACGUAGGGCAAAGGAUUCAACUACCGCACCUUCUUCUACAACUCCAUCUCCUUUGGUUUCUCCCGCUCUUAUCCCUUCUCCGCCUGCCACUAGCGAUGAUCCGUCAAAUGGAGGUAGAGAAUUCCCAAAAGGUACAUUCAAUUAUCCAUUCUCUAUUCCGUUGCCGUCCAAUUUACCUCCAACCUUACAUGCAGACUUUGGCUCGAAUGCUUACUCUAUUCGCGCUCACGUUCAUCGUGCAGGGCCGCUAACGUCUAACCUUUCAAGUGAGAUGGAGGUCACGCUCGUUCAUGCUCCUGAUGAGAAUGGAUCGGAAGAAGUAGAAUCAAUUGUGGUCGAGAGGAACUGGGAAGAUGCUCUGCGAUACAUGAUUGUGGUUAUGGGUAAAUCGUUUCCCGUUGGAGGAAAGAUACCCAUUUGGGCCAAAUUCGUACCGAUGGAAAAAGUUCGAAUCCAUCGAAUCUUUGCCACCUUGGAAGAAAGGACAGCAUACUAUGCAAAAGGUCGUCGAGUGGCUCGACAUGAAGUUCCAAGGAGGUGGACGUUAUUGAAAAUCUUACCCGUCUCCGACACACCUUCAUUCAAAAGUCCUUCAUCAAAUAAUAAAGGUAUCUUGCCAAUCUUGUCGGAGAACACCAAUGCGAUCAUGGAUAGCCCUUUAGCCAAUAUGACACGAGCUGCGGCUGCAGCCUAUUCUGGAGCAGUUGGAUCAGCAGAAAAGGAGGAAGCGAUGUCGUUUGCUUUAGCCUCUCUUGCUGAUCCAUCAGGUCCAUGGGAAUUUGCAAUGGAACUUGAAGUGCCAACAGGAACGUCUACGAGGAUCAACAUUAGCUCAAAUCACCUCAAAAGCAAUAUUGCCGUUCAUCAUAUCGUUCGGCUGUCUAUUCGUGUGGAACGACUGGAUGCAUAUGGAUCAGCCAGUGCGGAAUCCAUACCUGAAUCUCAAAGAAAGCUAUAUGACAUUUUGAUCGAAGCGCCUGUAGCAAUCAAUCAUAGUCAUACGGCAAACGCAUGGCUCACUUUACCGGAUUAUUGGAGCGUUCCACCACCACCG